AUGAAUCUUCCAUUAGCUCUUCGUAUUUCUUCAGAUUUAUUGACUAUUAUUUUACUUCAUGCUGUUUAUUUUCUGAUCAAGUACUGUGUAAGUCACAAAUGGAGUUUCUUCUGUGAUGAUUGGAGCAUCAAAUAUCCAUAUAAAGAGAAUACUAUAACUAAUGUAGUAGUAACGUUAGUUAGUUACCUUACUCCACUUGUUACAAUUUGCUUAGUUGAGAUAACCACUGCUGUACUGAAGAGAUGUACUGAAAAUAAAAAUUAUUCAAUUAAGGGUUCCUUACCAUUUAUCUAUGAUUUCUGUGUUGCUGCUCUCAUAUCUCUUGGAACAACGUUUUUUCUAACUACAAUUACAAAAUACUAUCUAGGCCGUUUGAGGCCACAUUUUUGGGAUAUUUGCCGACCAAAUGUCCCUGUAAAUUGUACUGGUUUGCAGACAACAUAUACGUGUCAGGGUACCGAUUCAAAAUUGAUUGCUGAUGUAUUUUUGUCAUUCAUGUCGGGCCAUGCAUCAACAGCUUCUGCUAGUUUAUUUUUCACUGUGAUUUAUUUACAGGCUCGACUGCAUUUACCUGCGAUACCUUUCCUACGACCAUUUCUACAAUAUUGUCUGCUUUCUGUUUUGUUUUACAUAUGUGCCACACGUGUAACCGAUCACUAUCAUCAUCCAACAGAUGUACUGGCUGGAGCUAUAUUAGGCUUUUUGACUUCUGUCUUCGCCAAAUAGAAAUUUUUUUAUAUUGGUUCUAUCCAACCUUUAAUUUAUAAACUUAAAUCAUGUAAAGGAUGUUUUAAGGUGUAUUUACAAGUGAUUUAAAUAAUUAUAAUGGAUCUACAAUUGACUCUCAUUGACUGGACUCAAUUAAAAACGUCAGGUUCCAUAAAUUACAUAUCAUCACCUUUCAGUUAUUGUUUGGCUCCUAACAAUCAAAUACUAUCCAAUUUUAGUCAACCCUUACUUUGUAGCAUCAUUAGAAAUUUGUUCUUAUUCAUAACAUUCUUAAUGCAUAUAUUUUCUUAAUUUUUACGUCUCAAACAAGUUUUACAAAAUGUUUCAGCUUACUACUGCUGUUAUCGGUUUUUAUAGGUUUGGCGAAAUUGAGAAGUUUAUUUAAAAGUAAUCACUUAGUUCGAAAUUUUUUUAAAUGGUUUUGACUAACAUUUAGACUGUAGAAUACAUCAUAAUUGUAAACAUUCGGAAAAGAAAAUACUGGAUGAUGUCAUAAUAAAAAUUAGACGCUAACUCUAUCUUCAAUGGUACAAGUUUUAGGUUAGUAUUAUCCUUAGGAAAUCUUCAUCACACAAUGUUCGUGGUAGAUAAGUUAUCGCAAAGCAUUCAUCGGUUGUAAGUAACGUCGAACUUGGUUUUUUAUAUAUUUGGAUACAUAAAUAGUGGUACAAAGGGGCACCAAAUGCAUAUGCAUCACACAAGUCACUUGAUUUAUGUGCGGACUAUGAUACUGCCAGAGUGCCCAGACCGAAGCAGGUUGUGUUUCUUAGGGGACCACUCCCCUUCGACGUAAAUAUCUGAUCCACUAGGUAGUGGGGCAGCAUUAGGAGAUGCAGUCACAUGGUA